AUGAUAUAUCAUGACAUAAUUAAUAAUAAUUUAUCUUUUAAUCGUUCUAAACGUGCUGCAACAUCAGAUAAAGGUCGCUUAUGGCCAAAUGGUUUAAUUCCAUAUGAAAUCGAUGAAACAUUUUCUGGAAAACAUUAUAAACUUUUUCAAAUGGCAAUGAGAUUAUGGAUGAAUUUAACAUGCCUGACAUUCAUUCCAAAAACAGAUGGUUCAUUAUUAACAAAAGAUUAUAUAUAUUUUACUGCUGAUGAAUGUGGAUGUUGUUCAUAUGUUGGAAAACAUAUGGAUGGUAAACAAAUAAUUUCAAUUGGAAGAAAAUGCGAUAAAUUUGGAAUUGUUUUACAUGAAAUAGGUCAUACAAUUGGUUUUUGGCAUGAACAUACUAGAGAAGAUAGAGAUAAAUAUGUUGAUAUUUUUUAUAGUUCCAUAAAAGAUGAUCAGGAAUAUAAUUUUGAUAAAAGUAAACCUGGUGAAAUUGAUUCAUUGGGAGAAAAUUAUGAUUAUGAAAGUAUAAUGCAUUAUUCAAGAAAUACAUUUUCAAGAAGUAUAUAUUUAGAUACUAUAUUACCAAAACAUAAUAUAAAUGGUAAAAAACCAGAAAUUGGUCAAAGAACACAUUUAAGUAUAGGUGAUAUAAGACAAACAAAUAAACUUUAUCAAUGUGAUACAUGUUUUAAGACAUUUUAUCAAAGAAAUGGAAUAAUAUCAAUAAAAAAUGAAAGAAAAUGUACAUUUAGAAUAUUAGGUGCAAAAGGAGAACGAAUUAGAAUAAAAAUUUUUCCAAAAAAUGUUUUAAAAGAGAAUAAUGAAGGAAAAUCUGAUAAAUGGCUUACAAUAAGAGAUGGUUUUCAUGAAAAAAGUAAAAUUUUAGGCAUAUUAAAGACAAAUAAUUUAAAUAAUAUUGAAUUUAUUUCUAAAGAAAAUUUUAUGUUUAUUCAAUUUAAAAAUAAUUCAUUAAUUAAAAAUGAAUUUAUACUUGGAGAAUAUGAAUUUAUAUGUGGUGGAAAAUUAACAAAAAGGAAAGGAUUUAUUGAAAGUCCAAAUUUUCCAGAAUUAUACCCAUAUAAUAUUUCUUGUCAAUGGGAAAUUGAAGUUUCUAAGAAUAUGCUUGUUGCUAUAAAAAUUUUGUACAUUGAGAUUGAAAAAUCUGGAAAUUGUAUGUAUGAUAAUAUUGAAUUUUAUGAAGAAUCUAAUGGUGAAUUAUUAUUAAGAACUUGUGGAUCAUACAAUGAAACAAUUUCUGUUGUAACAAAAGAAAGCAAUAAAAUGAAAAUAAUAUUUAAUAGUGAUGCAUCAAAUAAUAAGAAUGGUUUUUUAUUACAAUAUUUAACAGAAGAAAAUGAAUGUAAAAAGAAAAAUGAUUUAUGUGAACAUAUUUGUAUUAAUGAAAUUGGUGGUUAUUCUUGUCAAUGUCAUCCAGGUUUUUCUCUUAGUAAAGAUAAAAGGACGUGUCUCAAUAAAUGUGGUGGACAUUUAGCAAAUUUAACGGGUGCUAUUAUAUCACCAAACUUUCCAAAUCAGUAUCCACCUAAUACAGAAUGUACAUGGGAUAUUAUUCUUAAAGAUGAUUAUCAAAUAUUUUUAAAUUUUUCUUUUGUGUCACUUGAAGGUAUCAUAACAGAUUGUUCUUAUGAUUCUAUUUUGGUUUAUGAAUUAGAUAAUAAUAUGUCAGUAAAUCAUUCAUCAAUUGUUCAAAUUUGUGGUCAACAUACACAACCAUUAUUAAUGAAAUCAACAGCUAAUAAAAUUAGAAUUAAAUUUCAAUCUGAUUCUUCUGUUGAAAAGUUUGGGUUUAUUGCAUCAUAUAUUGGAUUUCAUGAUGAAUGUCUAUUAUCAAAUGGAGGAUGUGAACAAAUUUGUGAAAGUAACAUAAAUUCAUUUAAAUGUAAAUGUUUAGAUGGUUUUAGUUUAUCAAAUGAUGGUUAUAGUUGUCUUGAAGAUGCUUGUUCUUUUCAACUUUUUGAUUCUAAAGGUUCUUUUGCAUCACCAAAUUAUCCUGAAGGUUAUCCAAGUGAUAAAGAAUGUAAAUGGCAUUUUAUAACAACACCAGGUCAUACAAUUGAAUUAACAUUUCAUGAAUUUGACCUUGAAGAAAGUUCUAAUUGUUCUUAUGAUAAUGUAUCAAUAUAUAAUACAUAUGAAUCUUCAAUUGAUGAAUUAAUAGGAAUUUAUUGUUAUGAUAAUUAUAAUAAAGAAUUUUCAGUAUCUUCAAAUGGUAAUCAAAUGUUUCUUGUUAUGAAAACGGAUUCUUCAAUAAUGCAUAAUGGUUUUAAAGCAUCUUAUUACUCAAAAUGUGGUGGUACUCUUUAUGUUGAUAACGAAGUUGGUUACGUCUAUUCACAUGAUAAAUAUGGUGAAGGAAAUUAUUAUCCAAAUUCUAAUUGUAAAUGGAAAUUAAAAAUGAAAGAUGACAGUUUAAUAAAAGAUAAUAUUAUUAAAAUUAAAUUUAUUAAAUUUAAUCUUGAAAGUAGCAAUAAUUGUGAUUGUGACCAUGUAAAAAUUAUUGAACACAAAAACUCUGAUGAUUCUGGAAAAAUAAUAGAUAAAUUUUGUGGAAAUAAAUUACCAUCAAUUAUAAUGUCAAGAAAAGAAAUAGUUACAAUUGUCUUUAGUAGUGAUGACUCAAUGGAAGGGAAAGGAUUUGUCUUUGAAUAUCAAUUAACUAAAGUAAUUAUUUGA